AUGAUGCCUAAUUCUUCUCAUGUAAGGCUGUUUUUUCUUUCAGGUUUAAAUGAAACAAUGACGAACAGAGUUGUUCUUUUCUCUGUCACUUUACUGUGUUACUGUUUUAUUGUGCUGAUAAACGUUGCUGUUAUUGUGACCAUCAUCUUGGUUAAGAGCAUGCAUGAACCAAUGUAUAUUUUAUUGUGCAGUUUGUGCAUAAAUGGACUUUAUGGGACUAGUUUCUACCCAAAGAUUCUGUGGGAUCUGCUGUCUGCUGUUCAUGUAAUCUCUUAUUCUGGAUGCCUUUCUCAGGCUUUCGUGAUGUACUCAUUUGUCUCGAACGAUUUGUCCAUUCUUGCAGUUAUGUCCUAUGACAGAUAUGUGGCUAUAUGUCGACCCCUGGUGUACCACUCUGUCAUGUCAAAGAAGAGACUUUUAAUGUUAGUAUCUUUCUCCUGGUUCACAACCUUUUGCAUUUCUGGCACAAAUACAAUACUGACAUCUAAAUUAGAUUUAUGCAGUCCAUAUAUUGACAGACUUUAUUGCAUUAAUUGGAUUAUUGUAAAACUUGCCUGUUUCCCAGCUGACAUUAUAUUUAACAACAUAGUUGCUUACAUUACAAAUAUCUUUUACGUAUGUCACGGUGUGUUAAUAGUUUGGUCUUACUUGUAUGUCAUCAAAAUAUGUGUGAAUUCUUUAGAAAACAGGGCAAAGUUCAUGCAGACAUGUGUACCACAUUUAACAUCCUUGGUCAUUUUUCUUGGAACAAUACUUUUAGAUAUCAUGAAUAUACGAUAUGGUUCAACAAACCUACCUCAAGCAUUUAACAGCUUUAUUGCAAUAGAAUAUCUGCUCAUUCCUCCAAUAAUGAAUCCUCUCAUUUAUGGUUUUAAAUUGACCAACAUUCGGAAAAGAAUUUUUGCUGUUGUGACUUGUAAAAUUCCACUACUUAGAUCCUAA